GAACGUAAAUUGUUCGUCGGCAUGCUGAACAAAAAAUACAAUGAAGCCGAUGUAAGGCAAUUGUUUACGGGACACGGCACCAUUGAGGAAUGCACAGUGCUCAGGGAUCAAAAUGGCCAAAGUAAAGGAUGUGCCUUUGUAACAUUCGAUACCAAACAGCAUGCAAUUGGUGCAAUUAAAGCUUUACAUCAUAGCCAAACCAUGGAAGGCUGUUCGGCACCGUUGGUGGUAAAAUUUGCCGAUACCCAAAAGGAAAAGGACCAAAAGAAGCUGCAACAACUGCAGGUGGGCCUGUGCGGCAUUACAGCCUUAACCACACCGACCGCAGCACCUCGUACGGUACUGGGUGCUUUGACAGCUGCCGCACCGGCAACACCUGCCUUAAGUUCAACCACACAAUUGGUAUCGGCCACACCAGUCGCCGCCGCUGCUGUCUCUGUGGCAACAGCACCACGUCCCAUUGCCUCGUUGGCAACAAUAUCGGCCGCACCAGCUUCGCUACCCGUUUCAGCAGCCGGUGGAGCAUCGGCUGGCCUCAUACCCACUUCAACGGCUAGUAUGUUUGUACCAACACCGACAAGUGCCACCCAACCGGUUUCCCCGUAUCUAACCACAGCCGAUGGAAUGUUACCAAAUUCAGCAGCCGCUGCCCAAAUGCAAAUAUUCCAACAAUUACAGGCGUAUGGAUUGCAACCGGCCCAUUAUUUACAAGGACUAAAUUUCCCACCGGAUCAUAGUACCACAGCUGCUGCCGCCACAAUAUCGGCCAAUAAUGCUGCCGCCGCAGCCGCCGCCGCUGCAGCAGCAGCAACAGGUGUCACAGGUGUCACAGGUGCCACAAACGCCAACACUGCUACUAGCAAUGGACUAUUGGCCCCUUCCCUAUCCAUGCAAAAUUUGGUUGCCUUAGCCUCUAUGAAUCAUGGUACAGCGGCUCAGCAGAAUGCAGCGGCGGUGGCGGCCUAUACCUCACAACAACAGGGUGGAUCGGGUUAUGGCAGUGUACCGACAAGUAAGGCUCUUACAGCGGCUGUUACACAUCCCCAUACGGGUGGUGGUCUUGGAACAACAAUGGCAAUGGCCAAUCCAUAUGCUGCCCAUUUUGCUGCUGGUAAUACUGCAGGAACGGCAUUGUGGACUGGUGCAGAUGCUCUCACAUCACAAUAUGCCCCAGCGCUUAAUCCACUGACCAAUGGUGCCUAUGCUGCCGCCACCGCACCUCUUGCGGCAACAGCACUGCAGGCGGCCGCCGCUGGUGUUGCUGGCAAACAAAUUGAAGGUCCCGACGGCAGUAAUCUCUUUAUUUACCAUCUACCUCAGGAAUUUAACGAUACCGAUCUCGCUUCAACAUUUCUACCAUUCGGCAAUGUCCUGUCGGCCAAGGUGUUUAUCGACAAACAAACAAAUCUAUCCAAAUGUUUCGGUUUCGUUUCGUAUGACAAUCCCCAUUCGGCUGGUGCAGCCAUACAAGCGAUGCAUGGUUUCCAAAUUGGCACCAAGCGUCUCAAGGUGCAAUUAAAACGUUCCAAAGAUGCGGCAAAGCCUUAUUAG